AUGAAUUACUUAGAGUCUGGUUUUGAUCCCAAGGAAUCCAAAGUGUCAGAAUUAAGAAGAAUUCUUGCAGAAAACAAUGUUGGGUACCCUUCUAAGGCUAAGAAAUCUGUAUUGAUUAAAUUGUUUGAUACUUCUGUCAAACCAAAAAUCGGAGAUUUGAGGAAAAGACAAAGUGUUGGACCAAGUUCUGAAGGCAUCGAAAAGGUUAAAUCUCCAAAGAAGAAGAAGAGAAGUAGAGAUGCAAGAUUGAAGGAAGAGAAGGGAGAAGAAGAAGAAACCUUUGGAAAAGGUAAAAAAGAACAAAUUUCUAUUGAUAUUGUUGAUGUUGAUGGUGAUAUCAAGAUGGAACUUUCACCAAGAAAGUCAUCAAAAAAAUCUAAAAAAUCGACAGAUCCUAAUGAUGAAAGUUCUAAAAAGAAGAAGAGAAGAAAGAAUCAAAAGAAGACUCACGAUGAAAAUCGUUCAAGGACUGACAUUACUAGCUCUCCAGAAAAAUCUUUGGUGAUUGAAAAAUUUGAAAGUAAUUCUUUCUCUUCUGAUUCCCUAAACACAACAUUUACUCAAUUUUCAGAAACUGAAAAGAAAAAUGCUUUCAUAACUGAUACAGAUUUAAAACCUGUUCAACCAACUCGUAGAACGCAAGCACCAGAUAUCACUAAAUUAAUAGUCUCUGAGGAAUUUAAAUCGAAAUUGAAUGAUGCCAUGGCUGACCAAGAAUCAGAGAGUAUCUCAGUCGAAGUUAAGUCCGAAGAAGAACAACCUUCGGUUGAGACUACAUCUGAAGUAGAACAAGUUCCAAUUGAUGUCAAAUCUGAGGAAGAAAUAAUUCCAGUCGAUAACAAGGUAGAAAAACCAUCAAAUAAUGAGGUGGUACCAGAAACAACCGAACCAGUUGAAAAGGCAACGCAAGAUAUAACUGCUACAGGUAAUAAGAUUGAAAGUAAAAAGAACAAAAACCCUAAAGGUAAGAAGUGUCUAAAGGGUGCUUUAAAACUACUUUCAAAGAGUUUAUAUUUUUCAGCAAUUGCUUCUGCAGUUUUGCUUUCUGUUUGGGGUCGUGAACAACAAAUUAGAGUUGGAUUUUGUGGAAAUGAACUUCCAUUAAAAUCGAUUACUGGUCGUUUCCCUGAGAACCAUACCCUUCAACUGAUCGAUCAAUAUUUAGAAAAGACCAUUAAGCCAGAAUGUUUACCAUGUCCAAAGAAUGCCAUUUGUUCAUCAGAAUUACAAAUGGAAUGUGAGGAAGGUUUUAAUUAUGUGCAAUCCCCAUUGUCACUAGAUGGGUUAAUACCAAUCCCAGGUAACUGUGUUCCUGACGAUUCAGAAGAGAGAGCGUUCACUAAGGUGGUAGAUCAUACCAUGAGAUAUUUAAGGUCUAAAAAUAAUGCCAUUGACUGUGGCAAAGGUGAAAAUGAUCUAAUUAGUGGUAUUUCGGAAGAAGAGUUGUAUGAAUACAUUUUAGAGGACAUUUCUGAGGAAUUUAGAUUAUCAAAGGAAAAGAUCAGCCAACUAUGGUCUUCUGCCCUUAAAAAAAUAGAAGGUUUCCCUGAAAUCGAACACUUCCAAGUUAAAGAAGAUUCUGAAGGUCGUGAAGAACAAGAUGGGUCAUCAAAAAAAGUUGGAUACUUACGUUCUACCUCUAGAAAGGGAUUGUCACUAACAUGUCUAUAUGACAACGAGAUUAAGAAUUUCUGUUCCGAAAAUUUACUAUCAAUCUGGGGUGUUGUUGGCACUCUAUUUUCCUCAUUCUUGUUAAAAAGAUCAUGGGAAAAAAAUAGCCAGAAAAAAGCAAAAGUUGACACCUAUGUUAAGAGAGCUACAGACAUUUUGAAAAAAACCGCCAACUCUGAUGAAGGUGUACCUUUUUUACACACUUUACAACUUAAGGAAGAAAUAUUAUCUGAUAUUACAGAUUUAAAUGAAAAGAACCAAAUAUGGGACCAACUUAUUGAGAAACUAGAAGAAGACAAUACCAAUAUUUCUUCAUCCCAAGCUGAAAUUCAAGGCGAAAUAAUUAAAUGCUGGAAAUGGAUUGGCGAUAUUGACCAAAAAUGA